CACCUCUACACUGUGGAGCAAAAUGACGCGGAGGAGCUGGUGGCCAGGGCGGCCCGGAACAUCGAACAGCUGCUGCGGAAGAGGUCUGCUGCCUUGGAGAAAUUGGCCUCAGCUGCUGAAGUGUUCCAGAUGGAGCAUGGGUGGAAAGAUGAGUUUGAGGAUGAUGAAAUUGCCUACUACAAUGCAAAGGACAAUCUGGAUGCAAAUGAGACCGAGGGAAGAAAAUGUAGGAUUCGACCAGACUUUAAAGAGGACCUGCUAUUUAAACGUUUGACUGAUCACAACCACACAGCUGUCCACAUCCCCACUGACAUCUAUGAUGGCUCUACAAUUGUGCUGAAUGAGCUUAACUGGACAAAGGCGUUGGAGGAUGUCUUCAAGAAGAAUAGAGAGGAUGAUCCGACCCUGCUCUGGCAGAUUUUUGGAAGUGCUACAGGCCUGGCUCGUUACUACCCAGCUUCUCCAUGGAUGGAUGCUCGUAAGACUCCCAGUAAAAUUGAUCUCUAUGAUGUCCGCAGGAGGCCGUGGUACAUUCAAGGAGCUGCCUCACCCAAAGAUAUGCUUAUCCUUGUAGAUGCGAGUGGUAGUGUGUCUGGUUUAACUCUCAAGCUGAUCAGGACAUCUGUCAGUGAGAUGCUGGAAACUCUGUCUGAUGAUGACUACGUCAAUGUUGUUUAUUUUAACACCAGGGUGAAGAAGACGGCAUGUUUUGACCAUCUGGUACAGGCCAAUGUGAGAAAUAAAAAGCUGCUGCAAGAUGCUGUGCAGAACAUCACAGCCAAAGGAAUUACAAACUACACAAAAGGAUUCGAGUUUGCUUUUGAGCAGCUCUCUGCGACAAAUGUGAGCAGGGCAAACUGCAACAAGAUCAUCAUGCUGUUCACUGAUGGAGGAGAGGAAAGAGCACAGUCCAUACUGGAGAAAUACAAUGCUGACAAAAAGGUCAGAAUCUUCACUUUCUCUGUGGGGCAACACAACUAUGAUAAAGGACCCAUUCAGUGGAUGGCCUGCUCCAACAAAGGUGUUUUACAUCAGAGUUAUUUUUAUGAGAUUCCCUCCAUUGGAGCCAUCAGAAUAAACACACAGGAGUACCUAGAUGUUUUGGGAAGACCUAUGGUUCUGGCAGACAAACAGGCCAAACAAGUCCAGUGGACCAAUGUAUACCUCGACGCUUUGGAGCUGGGUCUGGUCAUAACUGGAACGCUGCCUGUUUUCAACAGAACAAAGACCAUUGAUGACAGGAAUGGUGAGCACCAGAAUCAGUUGAUUCUGGGUGUUAUGGGAAUUGACGUGUCUCUUGAUGACAUCAAGAAGCUCACACCACGCUUUACAAUUGGUCCUAAUGGAUACUACUUUGCCAUCGACCCCAAUGGAUAUGUGCUGUUGCACCCCAAUCUACAGCCAAAGAAUCCUAAAUUCCAGGAGCCCGUUACCUUGGAUUUCCUCGAUGCGGAACUGGAGAAUGACAUUAAAGUGGAGAUUAGAACAAACAUGAUUGAUGGUGAGAUAGGUGAACGCACCAUUCACACUUUGGUGAAAACUCAAGAUGAGAGAUACAUAGAUAGAGGAAUCAGGACCUACACGUGGGCACCAGUCAAUGGAACAGAUUACAGCCUGGCACUUGUUUUGCCAAAAUAUAGCGAGCACUUCAUUCAGGCUAAGCUGGGGGAGGAUAUAAAACAAGUGACAUGUGACUUCUCCCUGGGGCAAGUACUCUCUGUUUUCUAUCGCAAUGUUUCCCUUGUGAAUCGACUGAUCCUGGAUGCAGGUCUGACAGCUGAACUGGUUAAACUUUGGAAAGAGGAGACAGUUGCUGGAGAAGAGUGGACUGAGAAUCCUGAGACGUACGAGUCGAGCUUCUACAAGAGGACCUUGGAUAAUGAAAUAUAUAUAUUCACAGCUCCAUCUUUCAACACAGAGGCCAGGGAGUCUGCAUCUGAGUCGGGUAUCCUGGUGAGCAAAGCCGUGGAUCUCAUCAUCGAUGAGGUCACGCUCAAACCAGCAGUGGUGGGAGUGAAACUCAAUGUCUCCUUCUGGAUGAAUAGUUUCAUUAAUGCCACACUGAAACUGAAUUGUAAGGAUGAAAUCUGCGGCUGUCUGAGGAAUGACAAGCAUGUAGACUGUGUUUUAUUGGAUGAUGGAGGAUUUCUUAUUAUGUCCAAUCAAGAACUGUACAUUUCCUUGAUCGGUCAGUUCUUUGGUGAAGUGGACCCAGUGCUGAUGAUCAACCUGGUCAACACCUCCCUGUACUCCUUCAACAAGACGUACGACUAUCAGUCUGUCUGCGACCCUGAGAAAGACAACAAGGCGGCAGCAGGGCCCCGCUCCGUCUAUGUGCCUACUAUUGCAGACUUCCUCAGUAUUGGCUGGUGGGCCUCCAGUGCUGCCUGGUCAAUUCUUCAGCAGCUUCUCUUCGGUCUCUUGUUUCCCAACCUUUUACAGGAAGUGGAAUCAGCAGAUGAGGAAAUUCCAGAUGCCAUGUUCAAAGAAAGCUGCAUCACAGAACAGACUCAGUACUUCUUUGACAAUGAUGAAAGAUCCUACUCAGGUGUCCUGGACUGUGGAAACUGUUCCAGGAUGUAUCGAGCUGAGAAGCUUCCCAACACCAACCUCGUGUUUUUGAUCACUGAUGCGAAGGCAACAUGUUUGUCGUGUGACCCCAGGCCACUUCGUCAGGCUGAGCAACCCUUGUUUGCUCAGCUGAAGGUCCAAAUCCAUGUGACUUGGCUCAGAAUCCUCGAUACCGCAAAGGACCAGACGUGUGUUUUGACAACAACGAGGAUGAAGAUGAUUCUGAUUGUGGAGGAGGGACCUGCCUGAGCCCGAGUCUCUGGCCUGUGGUUGCUCUCCAACUACUGCUACUGUGGCUAACAAAAUCUUCACUCUCAUGACCCCCACACAUACUUACAUGGCCACUUAUCCACUGAUGAUCAUCACAUUUCACAGGAGGCCAAAGGACUCCCCAGGCCAUGUGCCAUACAGGAUGUAUGCAGAAUCUUUGCAACACAGAUGACCGGUAUCAGCAUUUUCAUUCUCCAAUGCCAAAGGGUGCUCAUUCAUUUCCUCCUUGUCAUUUUCGAAAAUAGAGACACAUCUAUUGUGCUCAGCUGCACACAUUUCCAUUAUGUACACUUUAAUCCUCUCCUAUGGUGCAAAAGUAAGAGCUAACCAAACCCUUUAAUUCUGCCUCAUUUGUGUCUCUGGUUUCUUAAGCAGAGGGUAAAGAGUUAUCCCACUAUGCCAACUGAAGGUCAUUCAAAGAGUGUAUGUCCACUGACAGCAUUGAUUUGUGUAGUUGUCAGUAUUGUUUGUUGCUUAUUAUAGUUAUUGCACAUGGAUCAUUAUGCUGUAUUGACCAUUUAUUUUUGCAACCAGUGAAAUUAUUGGGGAUUCCCCCUCAGUCUGAGUGUUUUUAAUGUGGAAUACCUAUCUAUCUACUUUUUUUCUUUUGCUAAAUCAACUAGCAUUUUUAGAUGAACUAGGUGUUGUAUUGUAGCAGCAUGUGCUCAGUACAGAGUGUGAGACAACACCAACAUGUUGACACCAAAGCUCCAAAUAGCACCAAGACACAAUGGUAUAGAAAAUGCUGCUGAGAAGGUGCACACUAGUUUUUUUUUAUUUCAAGAUAUUCUUUAGAUGUGGGUGCACAUCAAUACACAAGUUACAGGAUUAGCUUGAUACUGUAGAGAUCAUACGGAAGCUGCUUCUCCCUGAGAGAUAUGUGAUGUUAGAUUGCACCCAGUCAAACAAUCUUUAAGAGGAUAUUACGAUCUAGUAUAUAUCUGUGCUAGGACUCACCAAUUUGGUUGUGUUUCGUUUGAUGCAUCAAAUUCCCAGUGCCUACAUAGUAGCUCAAACAGUCUGGUUUCUAGAUAAAGCAAUGCAUGAGAGUUGUACUUAUCAUGUUUGCCUCUAUGCUAAUGCUUGCUGCAGAAUAACAGAAGGGAGGG